AUGAACAAGAUUCACCUGGCAGAAAUGUUCAAGUUUAAUAUCUCUCACAUCACAGGCUGGAGGAGAUUAGCCGUCUAUCUCACCGCACUGGUAUUUUUCCUCACCUGCGUUCUCGUGGCAAUACUUGUCAUAUCACUCUAUGCAAUUCACGGCGGCGUCAUAUCAAUUAAGAACGAUACUGUACUCUGGGAGGCGGAGUGUGACAGCACGGAAAAAGCCAAUCUUUGGUUACAUCUUGCAAUCAAUAUCAUCUCUACUGCUAUCCUUGCAUCGUCGAAUUUCUUCAUGCAGGUUCUAGUUGCACCUACUAGGAAGGAAGUUGACCGCGCUCACCAAAACGGCUACUGGGUCGAAAUUGGAGUACAGUCAUUGCGCAAUUUCUUCUUCCUACCUCGCCAUAAGAAUCUGCUAUGGUUCUUAUUCUCGACAACAUCGGUGCCACUCCAUCUUAUCUUCAACGGUUGUAUCCUCGAGUCCCGAGCAUCUAAUGCAUUUUGGGUUCUUAUUACAUCAGAAGAAUUCUUAAAAGGCGCACCAUGGUCUAUCAUUGACUUCGAUAAACGAGGAUGGGAUGACGAAAACGCUUAUUUAGCUACUGUUUCCCAGAUUCAGAAAGACGUAAAAUCAGGUGGGAUCGCCCGAUGGGAGACGAUCAGCUGGUCAGAAUGCAUGGAACGUUACAACUCUCCCGACAAAAUUAUUUAUGAACAUCGCCAUGUCAUCAUGGUAGUUAAACCAACUAUCCCCGGGACCAAAGGUUGCAGCAAAAAAUAUCGUGAUGGGGAGGAAAGACUGUCCUCACUCUGUAGGUCGAAGACAUUUAUCCAUGUCGAUUCAACGGCUAGUGCAAACUUAACCGAAGUGCCGUGGCUGGCCUCCUGGGAAGCAGACUCAUAUAUAUUCGACUAUUCAGUUCGCCCAAACCCUCGCAGUGGAAGGCCACCAAAGGUCUGGCUACAAGAAGGGCCUUGGGACACUGGGAUGGAUCCAGAAGCCGGCAUCGAUUACUGUCUGUCCGAGAAAUCUAGAGCUUCUUGUGGCUUGGUUAUCUCAAAUCGUCUUUUGUUUAUUGUUUGCGUCAUGUGCAGCUUUAAAUGUAUUCUCUGCGUUGUCACCUUCUUUCGGGUAUUCCGCAGGAAUGACGAACCUCUAUUAACACCUGGAGACGCCGUCGCUUCAUUCAUCGCGAGACCUGGGGAAGACACAAGGAACAUGUGCAACCUAAACACGAGAGACUUUAGCAUGUAUGACACAAGCUGGUGGGAUGGACCCUAUUCGGGAUAUUCCAAACUCGAUAGGUCAAAACCUUGGAUUUUACAGAAUGGCAGAGUUGGCGAAGGCAGCACGAGAACUGUGUGGUGUCUCUCAUAUCUACCAAUUAUAACAUCACUUAUCCUUGCCGCGAGCUUGUUUGCUGAAGCGGUUAAGAACCAGCCUAUUCGAGAAUCUCGGUUUGAGCAUGAUCCCAUGCACCACCCAGUUGUAUUAGGUGCAAUCACAACGUCUUCAUUGUUAGGUCUUACUACUAUCGCCAAUAUCCCGCAGCUACUACUGUCAAUUUGUUACAUGGCGUUGAACGGGCUAGUGACCAGAAUGAUGACCGAGUAUGAAUGGAAUCGGUAUAGCACCGACUUUCGCUCGCUUCGUGUCACUAGCCCCGUGGGUCAACAGCGCUCCACAUACCGGCUUCAACUCCCCUACAGGUGGUCAAUCCCAAUCCUAUUUAUCAGCGUUUUGCUGCACUGGGUUUAUUCCAAUUGUAUAUAUGUCAGUAACUACAAUUUUUACGAUUCCAACCUACCUUACGGUCUCGUUGGAACUAGUCGUAGUCUGAAGUAUUCCACGAUGGCGAUAUUGAUAGCUCUUAUCUUAUCAUCAAUAAUUGCAGCCCUCCCCUGCAUUCUUUCACAAAUCCGACUACCAGGAAACAUGACCUUUGGGGGAAGCAAUUCCAAAGUCAUCUCUGCUGCCUGUCAUUGUGAACUACCCAAGUCAAGCAACUCAGCUCUGACGAAUCAGGAAUUGUUUGUGCCAAGUUCGUCCAUGGCCAGGAUUUGUGACGAUGAGGCGAACCUGCUACGCGACAACGAUCCUGCUGAUGCCAAUAGUUCCACAGAUUCAAAACUUCUAUAUCAAAUGUCGUUACAAAAGUUAAAGUGGGGAGAAAUCACCGAGGCUGUCAACAGCGAUGGUGUUGGUCACUUAGGAUUUGGGACUGAAGACCAAGAUAUCACUGCUCCAGUUGAAGGAAGACUCUACACUUAA